AUGCGCCGGUCGCCCAACGCCCGUAUCAUUAACGUGUCCACAAAUGGCCACGUGUUCGGCGAUAUAUACGUGGAAAAUAUUAACCUACGUAACGGUGCAUACGGAGCCCUGAAAGCCCAUUUGCAAACCAAACUGGCCUUGGUACUUUUUACGAGGGAAAUGGCCCGUCGACUCGGUCCCGAUAGCAACAUCAAGGUCUACGCGAUUAACCCGGGUAUGGUCAACUCCAGGCCGGGCAGUAAUAUUUUUGCCCGCAUUUUCAAAGCCUUACUAACACUGCCCAUCGAUAUGGGCCCCCAAACCUAUCUUUAUUGUGCUCUUGAUGAAUUGCUGGAUAAUGAAUCGGGGUUUUAUUAUGAUAACUGCCGGCGCGUCCAACGUAUGCACAGUAAGGCUGUGGACGAUAAGACUGGACAUGAUUUGUGGAAAUUGAGCGCCGAUUUGGUUAAACUCGAGGACAAAUACGCUAUUUAA